ACUAAACUAAUCAUAAAAAAAAGAUGUCUAACAUAAACAACAUGACAAUAAUGUUAUCAAACUACUUCCACUCUCUUUCCCAAACCCCUCAGAGGCUGAGAAAAAGGGUACUAGCAACAUGGACACCAGAGCAAGAAUGGAACCAAGUGAGGCAGAGGUCUGGUGCAGACAUGAAGAGGAAGCUGAAUUGGUAUGAUCUUGUUGCUCUUGGUGUUGGAGGAAUGCUUGGUGUUGGUGUCUUUGUCACCACAGGUUCUGUGGCACUUCACCACUCAGGUCCUUCAGUAUUCAUAUCAUAUAUCAUUGCUGGAAUCUCAGCUCUUCUAUCUUCUUUGUGUUACACUGAGUUUGCUGUUCAAGUCCCAGUUGCUGGUGGAGCCUUCAGUUACUUAAGACUAACCUUUGGAGAAUUCAUGGGAUAUUUUGCUGGGGCAAACAUACUAAUGGAAUAUGUGUUUUCAAAUGCUGCUGUUGCAAGGAGCUUCACAGAAUAUUUGAGCUUUGCUUUUGGACAAAAUGAUCCAAAUGUGUGGAGAGUUGAAGUUCAUGGAAUGCCAAAGAAUUACAACAUGUUGGAUUUCCCAGCAGUGGCUCUAAUACUGCUUCUUACUCUCUGCUUGUGCCAUAGUACUAAGGAAAGCUCCAUAUUGAACCUAAUCAUGACAAUAUUCCAUGUGAUUUUCUUUGGAUUCAUCAUAGUGGCUGGUUAUCAUAAUGGAAGUACAAAAAACUUGGUUAGUCCAAAAGGGAUAGCCCCUUUUGGUGUUAGGGGUGUUCUUGAUGGAGCAGCAAUAGUAUACUUCAGUUACAUUGGGUAUGACUCAGCUUCAACCAUGGCAGAAGAGGUCAAAGAUCCUUACAAGAAUCUUCCCAUUGGAAUUGUGGGUUCAGUUCUUAUAACCACUUUGCUUUAUUGCCUUAUGGCCCUCUCUUUGUGCAUGAUGCUUCCUUACAAUAAGAUAUCAGAUAAUGCAUCAUAUUCAAUUGCUUUCCUUAAAAUUGGUUGGAAUUGGGCAAGCAACAUAGUUGGGGCAGGUGCAAGUUUGGGGAUUGUGGCAUCUCUCUUGGUAGCCAUGUUAGGCCAAGCAAGAUAUCUUUGUGUUAUAGGAAGGGCAAGGUUGGUGCCAUCUUGGUUAGCCAAAGUGCACCCUUCAACUGGCACCCCAUUGAAUGCCACACUAUUUUUAGGGCUAUGCACAGCAUCAAUUGCGCUUUUCACGGAGCUUGACAUUAUAAUUGAGUUGGUGAGCAUAGGCACUCUUAUGGUGUUCUACCUUGUAGCCAAUGCUCUCAUCUACCGUAGAUACUCCAUCACCCAAAAUACCCAUAAUGCCCCUCCUCUCUACACACUCUUGUUCCUUUUCCUCCUCUCCCUAAGUUCACUAUGCUUCUCCUUAUCAUGGAAAUUCAAUCAACAAUGGUGGGGCCUACUCCUCUUUGGUGCCCUCUUCAUAACCAUCACAGCAUUUUUUCAACUCGUGGUGGUCAUGCACUAUAAUAGUAAUAAAGUCGUAAUAACCCUAACUCAACAAGAUCCUCCUCAUUGGUUGGUCCCAUUUAUGCCUUGGUCACCCGCUCUCUCCAUAUUCCUUAAUGUUUUCCUAAUGACAACGUUGAAGCUACUCUCUUUUCAAAGGUUUGCUAUAUGGUCAUGCUUCAUCACACUCUUCUAUGUUCUCUAUGGUGUGCAUUCUACUUAUCAAGCUGAGGAGAUUGAGAUGAUGACUAUUGUUAAUAAUAAUAACAAUAAUCCAUCAUCAGCUGAAUCCAAUUUGCAAGCUAAGGUUGAAAUACAAGUGCACUAAUUAUAUGUUGAAGCAUAUAUAUUACUCCAAUAAUUUACAAGCGAAGGAGGUUGAAAUUCAAGUGCAAUAUUAUUAAUCAUUGUUAACUGAAGCAUAAUCAAAUAACUUGAUCCAAAGUUAGUCUAGUUGUAUAUAUAAGCUAAGGCUGAAACUCAAGUGCUUGCAUUAUAUCUGGCGAAGCAAUUUCUUCAGCAUGGUACACUAAUUAAUGUUA